AUGUCGCCACAGUUGUGGCUAUGGGCCCAGGGGAGACCUAUUUCGCACUGGGUCCUAAAUCGGAUCCAGCCAAACCCCGAUCCCGCUGAACCCACAGAGCCGCCCUCUCCACACACUUCGGAUCUCCCACCUGAGGCUCACUACAUGCUCAACCACCCCGAGGACCCCGAUGGUUUUGAUUACCUGGGAUCCUCACCUCCCUCUCAGAUGUUUGUUCCACCGCAGCAGUUGACUGACAAUUUGCUUCCAUUCCCUAACAGGGACUCUGCUGGACAGCUACCUCCAGACUCAGAUCGGUUUCCUGCUUCUCCUCAAGACCUGCCUGCCACACAGGUAGGGGUGAUCCCAAUGGCAGAUGAGGAUCAUAACCACUCCCAACCUCUGCCUCAUCCACUCAAAAGCACAAUUCAGACUAUUGGUCUAGAUCCGGGUGCAGAUCACCAGUCACUUGAAAUACUUCUUGCACCUAUAGAUAACCAGAGUUUAACAACAGCACAGUUUGUUUCACCAGAGCACUUGGAGAAUGAUCUAGCUCAGCACCCGCACCUUGCUACGCUUAUUGUUGAAACUGAAAACCAAUUUAAGGAACCUGAGGUUCAGAAACAACCCUUGCAGGAUGGUUAUCUAGAAUCAGAUAGGAAUAUGGUUUAUUCUGACAGCCAAACUCUGAAGACCCAAGGGAACACAGAUGAGCCUUCAGCGCCCUUAGAGCAAGUUAUAUCUUCUAAGUUCCACCUGGAGACCCACACUCAAAAUCCAGAGACUCCUGAGGAGGUCCAAUCCCCUGUCACCCAGCAAGACACAUCAGUGCAACAUGAACUUGUUGGGGAGGAUGUUGUGCCAUCAGUGCAUCAGGAAGCAAAUGUUCCAUUCCCAAGUGAAAAAGAAGCUCAGCUCACAGUCCUGCCAAAUGCCUUGCUUAACCUUCCAGAUGUGGAAACCAUACCGACUCCCAGGAACCAUCAGACCCCAGGCCAGCCUCCAGGAAGUCUGGAGGAAGAAGCAUCUUUAUCUUUCCAACAAGAGGUACCAGAUCAGACUUCAGAGCUCCCUGAGAUCACUGAACCUUCUGAAGCUUCUGAGCUGGAAAUCACAGAUCAGCCUUCAGAGUCUUUGGAAGAGAUUGAACCCCUGUCUGGUCAACAGGAAGCUCCAGCUCUAGCACCUGGUGGAGAUGAAAAGCCUUCUUCUGAGCAAGAGAUCCCAGCUGAGAAUAUACAGACUGUUCAAGAGGUGGAACCAAUCCACUUGGUGAGUCAUUCUCAGUUUUCAGCACCACCUGAUUAUUCGAUGCCAGUUGCAACACCAAGUCAGGACCGAACUCAAUAUUCAAUGCUUCCCAGUACCACAGCUCAGAUUUUGAGUCUGCAUAGCACAGUAACUGAAGAUGCUAAAUCUAAACACUCACACUUUCUGAAAAAGACAGAAGCACAUCCUCCAAAACAAGCCCACAUUGCACUGCGACUACCUGUGGCUCUCCAACUUAGCAUGACUAUACAACCUACUGCUGAGUAUGAAUUGUCUCCAACAGUGCACACUGAACAUUCUUCAGCUACUUCUCCAGAGAAGCAUGAUGUAACACUCCCACAUCCAGACCAGGUUCGGGCUCCGAAUCCACUUGUGACUGAAGUUACAGUUGAACCUUUCGAUCUGAAACUUACUUUAACUCCAGGAUCCAUGAUGGAGGCUGAACCUUCUCCAACCAUACAGAAUACCUUAACCGACCCUCCUCAGCUUAUAUCUCAAGCUCCAGUGUAUUAUAUUCAGGUUCAACAACCCAACCUGACUCCAGAACCUACUACAGAGGUGAACGUUUCUCCAUCGAUGCAGGCAACCCCAACUCAUCAAUCAGUUUCACCAACUACACAGCCUCCAUCUUCUGCAUCUCCUUCUCCACAUAUCCCCGUGACUCAAGUCACAGUGAAACAGUUGGGACUGGGAUUGAACAUGAAUAAGUACUUCUCAAACCAUGUCACUGUAAAGAUUUUAACUGUGCAAGUUGAACAGGUGGUCACUCCAAAAAUCAACAUAUGUGAGCUCUGUGCAUGCCCAGAUCAGACAAUGUUGUGUACUGGUCUUAGCCCAAUGAAGAAGCUCCACCAAGUACCGGUGCCAGACUCCCACACCAAGAAGAGAAUCUUCACGAUGUUAAAUUUCCAAGGAAACUCCAUUUCUUACUUAGGAGAAAAUGUAUGGAAAACAUACCGUUGGGUUGGCAAAUUAAUUCUCAGUGAAAAUCGCCUGACUGAAUUACAUAAGGAUUCAUUUGAAGGCCUUCUAUCCCUCGAGUACUUAGAUCUUUCCUGCAAUAAAAUACAAUAUAUUGAAAGACGUACAUUUGAACCACUACCAUUUUUGAAAUUUUUAAAUCUUCGUUGCAAUUUACUCACAGAACUGAACUUUGGGACAUUUCAGACAUGGCAUGGAAUGCAGUUUUUACACCAGUUAAUUCUUAGUCGUAAUCCUCUGACAGCAGUUGAAGAUUCCUAUCUUUUUAAAUUGCCAGCAUUAAAAUAUCUAGAUAUGGGAACAACACAAGUGGAACUUACAACAAUUGAGAACAUCCUCAUGUUGACCCUUGAGUUGGAAAAACUGAUUUUACCACACCAUGUGGCCAGCUGCCUCUGCCAAUUUCAAAGUCAUAUUGAAGUUGUCUGCAAGACAAUCAAGCUAAUUUGUGAGAAUUCAUGGCUGAUAAACACAACACAUUGUAGUGAAGAAGCAACAAUAGGAAAUCCAGAUGGAACAUUCAUGAAGGUUUUAAAGGCCCGGAAGAAGAAUACCAGCACCGAGCUGACUAUUGAAUCGGAAAAAGAAUAUUCAGAAAAAAAUGAUAUUAACUACUCAAGCUUCUUGAAUGAGCAGUUAGAUUUUAAUGAUGAAAGUGAUAUUAUUAGUGCACUGAACUACAUAUUGCCGUAUUUCUCACAGGGAAAUCUAGACGAUGUAGAAUUGACAUUGUUACCAUUUAUUAAACUGCUUUUUACAAACGUGCAGGGAGAUAACGCCCAGAACAACAUAAAAUCCAACAAAAAGAGUCCCUUUCUUAAACCUGUACCCAACAAGUCAGUUUAUGAAAAUAAAUUGAAGAAGCUCUAUUUUCUAGAAAAUCUAUUAGAUGCUGAAAUUCAGGAAAAAAUCAAUGAAGUUAAAAACAAAGAGAAAACGGCCAUGGUUAUGGAGUCCAAUCUUUUAGGUCCAAAAUUUAAACGCCAACUUAUUCAAAAGAAGCCACAAAGUGUCCAAGAACAGGAUAACACCUGGGCAGAGAUGGAGAGUGCAGAGGAAAGACUGCAGAGGUUCAACAGAGUCCUCAGGGGCCCAAAAAGCAUGCAGAGAAGGAACUUCAAGGAAAUGAGGAAACAGAGUGGUCAGCCUCUUGUGAAGAAUAUUGCUACAGAAAAAAGGUAUAGGAGCCUACCCCUAAGGGAGCUGGAGCAGCUUCAUGUGUUUCAGGAGCCCAGGAAAUUGGUGGGAAAUGCCUUGCAUACACAGCUCUCUUUCAUAAAGAAACAUAAGGCAGUAGCCUCUUCUUUCCAGAAACAAGACUCAGCAAGCCAGGCCUCCUUGUCAACCACUGUAAAAUCCCUACAUGAGGUCAGAAAUGAAGACAAAGACUUAGCCUAUAGCAUGUUUGUUUUAGAAGAUGCAAAUUCUAGAGUUAAAAGCAUGGAGGCUUUAGAAAAUCCAGUCAUCUAUUCCCGGAAAAAUUACCGCUUUCCUAAGACUGGCUCUCCUGUGACCCACAGAAUGGCCAAGGCCAAACUGAGUGGAAAGUUUAGAACGAAAACUUCACGCUUUAGACCAAUGCCUGGGAACAGGCCUCCAUUUUCUGCAGUAAGGAGACUCAUAAAUUCCCCUUCAGGAGGAGACUUUUCAUCUUUGAGAAAGCUGAAUUCUCCAGAGAACCCUUUCCCACGAUUCUAUGAUCUUUCAGAUCCAUCUGUAGACAGGACUUCUGUAGGAAACCAGACUGCAACACAUGCUCUAAAACAAAAUGUGUCUAAGGAAAAAACUACUGUGCCAAAGCAAAGUGUCCCUCAAACAACCACUCAGAAAAAGCAUACUACUACUGCAGAUCCCAAUGCGACUGCAUUGAACUUAAUUCCAACUAUGAAACACACCAAUGAGACACAAUGGGAAUACCCCAGUGUAGGCACGGACUCACCUGUCAAGCCCACAGACUCCUCUUCCCCAUUCUUAUCCUAUGCUGAUCACGUUGAAAUGCAGUUAAACCAGCAGUUGAGGCCCCUUAUCCCCAAUAAUGAUGUGAGAAAGCUCCUGUCUCAUCUUAUCCGGACUUUAAAAUUUGACUGUACUGAAACCAUAGUACAGGAAGUCUGUUCCAAGCUCAUCUCCAGAAUCGGCCUCCUGAUGAAGUUUCUUAGCAAACAGCAAGAAGUCAAGGUGUCCAAGGCCGAAUGGGAUACAGAUCAGUGGAAAACAGAGAACUACAUCAAUGAGAGCACAGAAGGAGGCCAAGGAGAACGGAAAGAGUUAAGUCAGCUUGUACAAGAAGUUCCUGGAUAUGGCUAUAACAACAAACUCAUCUUGGCAAUAUCUGUGACUGUAGUAGUAAUGAUUUUGAUUAUAAUUUUCUGUCUCAUUGAGAUUUAUUCCCACAGAACAUCAGCAGAAGGAAGUCAAGAGUCCUCAAGGACCUUAUUUGGAUUUCUUGGAAGGAAAUGCUCAUCAGACACUCCAAGCCAGGAGGGCUUCUUCUCCUUAUGGCAAUCAGUUUGGCUGAGGGAUAUGUACAGACCUCUCAAUGCCACACGCAAGAAAAACAUGGUCCAGAAGUUACAUGACAAGGACUCUUCUGAUGAGGGAGGGAUUUUCCAUAAGAAGCAAAAAGUCACAAAACUAAAUACUAGUAAUCGCAAGAAGCAGCAGGAGCUACCUGCUGUACAACUGAAUUACUUGAUGGGUACAGGCGUAUGGAGACAUACAAGCAGUGCUGCCAGCAAAAAUGAUAGCAGUGGCUAUGUGGCCAGUGAUGAUGAAAAUACUGAAGGGGGAAGAUAUAGGAAUGACACAAGUGCGACUCACAACACUUCACUGUACUCAGAACCUGACAUGGACCUGAAACCUCUUAUCUCCCUCCAGGGCUCUGAGCUGGCAUCUCCUGCAGAGGCUGUAUUGCUGUCUCCUGCACAGUCUGUGCUGGAAUCUCAUUCAAAGGCUGUAUUGCUGUCUCCUGCAGUGGCUGAACUGGAAACUCCAGCAGGAACUGUGUUGGGAUCUCCUGAAGAGGAGGUGCCGGGGUCUCCUUCAGAGGCUCACUGUGGAUCUGCAUGA